AUGGUCUAUACGGAUAUCUGCCCAAUUUUGAGCGACACUGAAUGGAAAGAUAAUUGUCAACUUCCAGUGAUUCGUAAGGGUGAAACUCCAUCUGAUUGGAUGAAACGAAUUUGGGAUCAGUUGACGAAUUAUAAGAAUAAUAAUCGUUUGACUUAUGAUAAAAAGCGAUAUCUUAUCGCCAGAAAGAUGGAAUAUUUAUGUCCUGAUACUGUAGCUAGGUUUAAUCAAUUGCCUAAUCUUCGGGAAGCUAAUGAAGCAAGAAAGAAACAAGUUACUGAGGAGACUUUUAAGACUUUAGGAGUAGAGAGUAGUUUUGGGAUCAGUGGAGUUUGUGGUCGUUUAAUUAGUAAAGUACAAGGAGUACAAAGAGCCUUUAAAAAGUUUGUUGACUUGAUUCAAGAUAAUGCAGAAUCCAAGGUGAUCAGUCAAAUCGAAAAUGAAGUUAAUGCAGAACUAUGCGAAGUACAUGAUGUGGAUAUUAUAGAACUUGAAUUACCAGAAAUAAAGGCCAAGGGCAAAAAACGUGAUAAAAUUUUUGAAGCGAUCCAUGAUAUUUUUAACGUUGAAAUUAUUGACAAUAAAUUAUUCAUAAAAGUGGGUUUACCAUUUUGUUUUAUAAUUAUUUUACAUGCAUUUUCUAAUUCUUUUGUUACUAUUCAGUUUAAUGGCGGAAUAAAAACAGAAACACACAGAAAGUUGGCAAAUUCACUUAACCACCAACUUCCAACUUGGUGGACUGAGAUUGAUGUAAUAUGUGUAGUUAACGGUAAUCAGUAUCGACCUGAUGUGGGUGGUUGGAACCCUAAACCAACAAUUAAUCAAAGACUUACUCCUAUUAUUAAUCCAUGUCCACCACCAUUGUUAUGGAUUGAGGUGGCCUAUGACAAACAUGGUGAUCGUGAUAAUGGCAUAAAUAAAAUCAUGUGCAUUCAACCCCACUGCCCAAACACAGAGUUUAUGAUCAUUGUUCUUCCAACUAUUGGACUCCCCCUUCCAGCAAAUCCAAAUCCAGGUGUCGCUUCAAUGGUGGGAACACCCAAAACGGCUCGUCCUUCUCAUGCUCCAUAUCUCGGCCAUUGGCCCAUGGGCAAUACAGUUUGUUGGUACAAGAUGAAAUGGAAUAGGCAUCUUGUAUUAGGAUUUACUGCAAAGCAAUAA